CUGGCUGCUGGCUGCAGAGGGCUGCUGCUGCUGCUGGGCUGCGGGACUCGGAGGAUGGGGGCCCGGCGCCGGCGUCGCUGGCGGGGGCUGGGGCUCCUGCCUCUGCUGCUGCUCCUGGCCCCGCUCCUCCGCGCCUUCAACCUGGACCGGGACAAAGUGGCCCUUUAUACGGGGCCGGAGGGCAGCUAUUUCGGAUACUCCCUCGACUUCUACAGCCCUGCGCCGGACGCAGUCAGCGUCCUUGUUGGAGCUCCUAAAGCCAAUACAACACAGCCAGAUAUAGUGGAAGGAGGAGCGGUCUACUAUUGCCCUUGGCCUGCUGCUGAGUGUAAACAGAUCCCUUUUGAUAACACAAACAACAGGAAAAUCAAAGUGAAUGGCACAAGGGAGCCCAUAGAGUUUAAAUCAAAUCAGUGGUUUGGAGCAACUGUAAGAGCUCAUAAAGGAAAGGUUGUGGCUUGUGCCCCCUUAUAUCAUUGGAGGACCCUGAAAGCUGCACCUGAAAAGGAUCCAGUUGGUACUUGCUACGUAGCAAUUCAAAAUUUCAGUGCCUAUGCUGAAUACUCUCCUUGUCGCAAUAACAAUCCAGAUCCCGAGGGACAAGGCUACUGUCAAGCAGGAUUCAGCUUAGACUUUUACAAGAAUGGAGACCUUAUAGUAGGAGGACCUGGCAGUUUUUAUUGGCAAGGUCAGAUUAUCACCAGUAGUGUUGCAGAUAUUAUCACAGACUAUUCAUUCAAGAAUAUUCUAAGGAAACUAUCACGAGAAAAGCAAACUGGAGUGGCACCAUCAGAGUAUGAUGACAACUAUCUUGGAUACUCUGUGGCUGUGGGUGAAUUCACUGGAGACUUUCAACAAGAACUGGUAGCUGGAGUCCCAAGAGGUGCACAGAAUUUUGGCUAUGUUUCAAUUAUAAAUUCCACCGAUUUGACUUUUAUUCAAAAUUUCACUGGUGAGCAGAUGGCAUCUUACUUUGGAUAUACUGUUGCAGUGUCAGAUGUUAACAAUGAUGGGCUUGAUGACAUCCUAAUAGGAGCUCCUCUCUUUAUGGAACGUGAAUUUGAGAGCAACCCUAAAGAAGUGGGGCAGGUGUAUCUAUACCUGCAAGACAGUGCCUUGUCCUUCAGAGAAGCACAGAUGUUGUCUGGCACAGAAAUGUUUGGUAGAUUUGGCAAUUCCAUUGCACACCUUGGUGAUCUGAACCAGGAUGGCUAUAACGACAUCGCAAUAGGUGCUCCAUUUGCUGGAGAAGACAGGAGGGGGAAAGUACUCAUUUACAAUGGAGUCAGUAAUGGGUUAAAUCCUAACCCUUCCCAGGUUCUCAGUGGUAUGUGGGCCUCCCAAUCAGUGCCUGCGGGAUUUGGCUUUACACUAAGAGGAGACUCAGACAUAGACAAGAAUGAUUACCCAGAUUUAAUUGUGGGUGCAUUUGGAGCUGGAAAAGUAGUUGUUUACAGAGCAAGACCGGUUGUGACAGUAGAUGCUCGACUCAUGCUCUCACCAGAGGUUGUAAAUCCAGAAGAUAAAACCUGUCAGCUUCCUGGCUCUGUGGCUUUGGUAUCUUGUUUUACUGUAAACGUCUGUGCAGCUUUUGAAGCUCCAGGUAUUUCAGAUAAAAUUGCUCUGAGAGCUGAACUACAGUUGGAUUCUUUAAAAGUCAAAGGAGCUGUUAAGCGGACCCUUUUCCUGGAUUACCAUCAGUCACAGCAUAUCUUCCUCCUCAUGAUAGUCCGGCAGAACUGGCUCACUUGUAAGGACUUUGUGGUUUAUCUCAGAGAUGAAACUGAGUUUCGAGAUAAAUUGUCUCCAAUCAACAUUACUUUGAAUUACAGCUUGGAUGAAUCCACUUUUUCAGAUGGUUUAGCUGUGAACCCAAUACUGAACUUUUACCAAGAAAACAUAAUUGGCAAGCAGGCUUACAUUCUUGUGGAUUGUGGCGAGGACAACGUGUGCAUUCCUGACUUGAAACUUUCUGCUGUGCCAGACAGAGAUCAAAUCAUAAUUGGGGAAGAAAACUGUGUCAUGCUAAUUAUCAAUUCAAGAAAUGAAGGUGAAGGAGCCUAUGAAGCAGAGCUGCAUAUAAAGAUACCUCCUGAAGCAGAUUACACGGGUGUUGAACGCAACAACAAGGCACUACGUGUCCUGAGCUGUGAUUACAAGAUGGAAAAUGAAACUAGAAUGGUGAUUUGUGACCUUGGGAACCCCAUGGCAGCUGGAACAAAUUUUUCUUCAGGCAUCAAAUUUACUGUCCAGCGUUUUGAAAAUUCUGAACUCAGCAUCCAGUUUGAACUGCAAGUGAGAAGUUCCAACAAGGUUAAUCCCAAUAGUAAUUUGGUUGACCUUCGGAUUGACAUAAAUGCAGUGGCUCAAGUACAGAUCAGAGGAGUUUCUCAUCCUCCACAAAUUAUUUUGCCAAUUCAUAACUGGAAACCAAAAGAUGAACCUACCAAAGAAGAUGACAUUGGACCCUUGGUGGAGCAUAUAUAUGAGUUGCAUAACUCUGGACCAAGUGCCAUCAAUGAUACAGUCCUGUAUGUGGAAUGGCCAGUGCUGAGUGGAGAGGAAUUCCUUCUUUACAUCCUUCACAUUCAGACACAUGGACCAUUGCAAUGUCAAACAAGCUCUGCUAUCAACAGUUUAGAAAUAAAGUUUUCUGUCCCAGAGGACACUCCAGAACUCGCUGCUUUUUUGCGCAACUCCUCUAUCCCUCACUAUGUUGGACGGAGAGAAGUCAAAGCUGUGGAGCAUCAAAAGAACUCUGCAAGAAUUCUGAACUGCACAAAUGUGGAAUGCUUAGUGAUCACUUGUUCAGUGGGACUCUUAGAAAGAGGAAGAAGUGCUGCACUGAAAAUACGUUCUCAUUUAUGGGCUUCAACAUUUCUAAAGAGGAAAAAUGGCCACUAUUCUCUUUCAGUCAAUGUGUCAUAUGAAGUGAAGAAGAUGCCAUACAAAGUUCAGCCAGCAAAACUCCCUGAAGGAAGCAUAGCAAUUAAAACAUCUGUUAUUUGGGCUACUCCAAACAUUUCCUUUAUAAUCCCACUGUGGGUCAUAAUAUUAGCCAUACUCCUUGGCCUGCUGGUCCUGGCUAUGUUGACCUUAGCUUUGUGGAAGUGUGGCUUCUUUGACCGGGCCAGGCCUCCCAGAGAUGACAUGGCUGACCGGGUACAACUAACAAAUGACAAGACUACUGAUGCAUAGAAGGGUCCUGACGCAAUUGCAGAAAUGUUUCACCUACCAGUAAAAGUCCUUUGAACUGAAGACUGGCAAGGUUUUGGCAUGGUCUGUGCAACUUAAGACACACUUUUGCUACACCAUGACCACUGAUGGCAGAAAAGAAUAUUGUUGCCGCCUUAAAGAUGCAUACAACUGAUGAGCAAAAGAAACCUACUGUGAAAACAAAUUUACUUUCAGUUUCAAAAAGGUGAUAGACUUUUCACAGCACAUGGGGUACAUUAAAAGCACUAUUCAUCAGAACCAUGCAAGGAUGAAAAUCAUGUGCUCUUUUAUGCUGUAAAGAUGAGCAGGACGAAAUGUUCAGACUCUACUGUAUGUUGGCAGAACAUUGUGGCACCUCCCUAAUGAUAAGAACUUUUAUGAAACUCUGGCUCAGGGAGACAAGCAAUAUUAUUGGUACCAUGAAAGUACUUCUGAAAAGCAAAAAAAAAAAAAAAGAGCUUUUAAAAAUACUUUUCAUAAGCAAGGCAUGGUUAUUUAUUUUUCCAUCUUUUGUAGAUUGGUCAUCCUAACAAAAAUAGUUUCUGAAGUUUUAUCCUGAUGGCAACGGCUUCAGCAUUUUGUAUGUAAAUAGAGAGAAUGUAUCCUGCACAUUCCUUAUAUCAAUAAGUGUUUGGAGAGAAGUGGAAGUGCAUAUUAUUUUAGAGGAUGGGAUGUAUAAUAAUGAAUCAUAGAAGUGCAGGCCUUGAAAGUGACCCUGAAGAUUUUCUAGUUUAACCCUCUUCCUUGAGAUGUAAGACAUAGAGCUAUCCUUUAAUUUAAUCACACCAAGUACAAACAUAACAGAUUAAGAUUCAUCCUGAUUGACAAACAUAAAGAAGACUGGUAUCCUGUUCCAGAGAUGUGUGUCUAUUUGCAGGGGAAACAUAGAGUAAAUGGAAAAUGUGUUAGUUUUGUAUUCGUGUAAUACAGUUUAUUCCCAAAAAACAAUCCAUUGUUCCUGGUAAGUGAGCCAAGCCACACUCUUGAUCAAAUCCUCUGUAGAUGAAAAAUGCCAGCUAGAAAAAAUCUUAUAUGGAUAAAAUGAGAUCAAUUAAGCCUCUGAUAAGAUUGAACCCCCAUUUAUCAGCCCUAUUUGAAAGUUCUUCUUUGGAUGAUAAGCACAAGCCCACUAUAUUCAUCUCUUGUUCUUGGUUCAAACAACCAUUGAUUAUUCAAAAGAAGAAAUAAUAUUCUACAGUUGCUUUCACCAUCCACAAAGCAUUCCUGAUUUCCAGGUGUCCCAUCUGGCUUGCACAUUAAAAAUUAGAAAACACCCUUUGUAAAUGUACCGAAGGAGACGCAGUGGCUCAGUAGUUAAGAUGCCAGUUCUGAUGAUUGGAAAGUCAGAGGAUUGGCAGUUUGAGGCCCAAGUGCCACGUGACAGAAUGAGCUCCUGUUGCUAGUCCCACCUUUUGCCAACCUAGCAGUUCGAAAGAAUGCAAAUGCAAGUAGAUAAAUAGGUACCACUUUGGUGGGAAGGUAAAAGCGUUCGAUGAAGUCCUGCUGGCCACAAGUCCUCUGGAGUCAUCUUCAGAAAACGCUGGCUCUUCAGCUUACUAAUGCAGAUGAGCACCUCCCCCUACAGUUGGUUACAAAAAGACAUUCAUGUCAAGCGGAAAGCUUUACCUUUUUAAAAUGUACUGAAAUAUGUUUCUGAAAACAAAAUGAGAACUAUCUUUGACUCUGAUUUUUUAUUUUGUUUUUGUUUGCUUUGAGGUUUCUUUUUCUAAGAAUGGUGCUCCAGAACAUAUCCAGUUGUUAAAAAUAGAUUUAUGUUCUCUUUCUUUCAUUUAUUACAGUAAUUGACCGUUAGAGACACUAGUUCAUGUACUCAUAGAAGUCUGAUCUAGGCAUGGAAACUCCACUACAUGGAAUAGAUUUUUUAUUAUUUUCUGCAAAGACAGCUGACCUCUGAGCGUGUGUUUCCAUGUAUAAAAAUAAGCAGAGCACCAUUAAGUUAAGUAGAAUACUACACAUGCAAGAGGACUAUGUGCUCACCUGAUUUCUGAAGUAGGGUUUUUUUUUAUUUUGCAUUAUUAUUAUUCACAGUUGACUAAUAUUUCUUGGUUGGUUUUUAUGCCUGUAUUGUAUUCCCUCUUAACUGUAGGUUGCAGAUGGACAGUCAUUUGACCAUAUGCAGCAAGAUUCCAAGGCAGUCUGUAAAUUUUUGAAAUAGCCAUCAACAUGUAACUUUAGUAAUGGUUGGACCAGACUAUCUUAGCAUGAAUUCCAAAUGAAUUAGUUCAAACUCUGCCUGGCUUCCCAUGUGACCAUAAUCUUGUUGGAUUUUUUGAAUCUGAAAGUAGUGUUCAAGGUAGAAGUGCCUUUAUUUCUCAAUCACCCAGACUCUUCCCUUCUCCCUGGCAAGUUUGUUGACUUAAUGUUUAGUACCAUAUGCUCUAGAUAUAGUUGUUCUGAUAAUCCAAACUUUUGUCCUGCCAAAAAGGACUUCUAUGCAAUAUCUGCUGUCAUAAGGCUGGAAAAGAAGAAAAUACUAUUGUCUCUUGAAUCCUAAUCAGCCUCUAGAGCCAUUUGAAUGUCCCAAACUGAUUUUUUCCAACUUUUUAAAAAAAAACAAGGUCAAAAAUUAGCCGACAUAAAUACCUGUUGAACUCUGGACAAAAAUGCUUCAGAAGGCUCAAUAGGAUAUCCCACUCUCUGUCCAAACCAAGCUUGUCUUAUAAACCAGCCAAACAGUUGUGUUCGUUGGCUUCUAGUGAAUAAAUCCCAGGAAUUUAAUCUGUCACAAUUCCUAACAUAAACUGAUAAUAUAAAUUGUGGAUUUUUUAGCUGGACUUUUAAAAGGCUUCUUCUUAAUCUGCCAGGCUAAUGUGUGAUUUGCUUUUUCAAUUGCAUACUAUGAGAUAAAAAGAAAUGUAUUCCCAAAAUUGCUUGUAUUGAUGUCUCAAUUCAAAUCAAAUUCACCAAUCACAAUUGUAUCACAAAUCCAGUUUAUAUAAAUGACUUUCCUUUUGAAUGCUGUAAAAUUGAAUGGGAUGGUUAUCAUGUUUCUACAUGAAUGUGAAACCCAAGGGAGGCCAUGUGGAAAUCAAAGGAACUUGAAAGGAGGAAAAUAUUAUUCCAGUGAUAUUUAAAUCAAGGAAAGUUGUAAUUCCUUAGGCGCUUUCCAGGGUUGUGGUGGUGUGUGCCAUCAAGUCAAUUUUAACUUAUGGCAGUGCUAAGAAAAAUCUAUCACAGGGUUUUCUUGGCAAGAUUUGUUGAGAGGAGGAUGCCAUUGCCUUCCUCUGAGAUUGGGAGUGUGACUCGUCCAUGAUCACCCAGUAGGUUUCCAUGGCCAAGUGGGGACUCAAACUAUUCUUCCAGUCUAGUGCUCAAACCACUACAACAUGCAGGCUCUCAAAAAAAAAAUCAAUAACAUAGGACAAGCUUGUGGACCAAUAUCUCUCAAAGCAUGGAAAAACUAUUUUUUUCUGAACAGCAUUUUUAAAAAUCUUUUAGCACCUUUGAGAUUAAUGAAGACUGGUGAGAGUGGACAAAAGGUAAAUUUCCCAUACAGACUGAGAUGUUAGGGAUUGUACUCUAAAAAGGUAGCUUCCAAGCUUUGGUUCUAGCUAUGAUGUCAUUUCUGCAGAUUUCUGCAGCUUACCCUUUCCAUUCAUGCAAAAGAGAUUGAUUGUACCAUUUUUGUAAAUACUGAAUAAUUGAAUUAUAAUCACAGUUUGUCCAGAAUGAUGGCCUUGCUGAAAAUAUGUAUAUUGACUAUACACGACCCUCUUAAAUGGAUGAAAUAUAAUUAGCAAGUGAAGAAGGGUUUUUUGUAUGUGCAAUAUUUUAUAUUAUCUGUGUACCUGGCGCAUGUUUACACUGGCAGUUGUGUUGUUUUUUUAAAA